UCCAUUAUAAAUCGCUCAAGUGCGCGCCAGCGCGAGAGACGACGUCGACCUGCCUCCAAGCAACACGCACAGCGUGGCCGAACUGUUUUUGUUUUUGUUUUGUUUUGUUUUGUUUUGUACCCGCCUGCUGCGUCGUCAUGUUUCCUCAAGGUAACCAGUGCUACACUUACGAAGACUGCAAGGCCACGGCCGAUUGGCUGCUGGCUCAGACCGACGUGCGGCCCUCCGUCGGCAUCGUGUGCGGCUCCGGCCUCGGCGGGCUGGCGGCCAUGCUGAAGGAUCAGGUGGCCUUCAACUACAAGGACAUUCCAAACUUCCCGCAGAGCACGGUGCACGGACACGCCGGACGGCUGGUUUUCGGAACGUUGAAGGGGCGACCGUGUGUGUGCAUGCAGGGCCGAUUCCACCUGUACGAGGGCUACCCCGUCCAGAAGAUCACACUGCCCAUGCGGAUCUUCAAGCUGCUGGGCGUCGACACGGUGAUACUGACCAACGCGGCGGGCGGUCUCAACCAGGACUUCAAGGUGGGAGACAUCAUGAUCAUGAAAGAUCACCUCAACAUUCCGGGCUUCGCUGGGAACAACCCUCUCGCCGGACUCAACGACGAUAGGUUUGGCGUGCGCUUCCCGUGCAUGUCCGACGCGUACGACCGAGAGCUUCAGCAGCUGGCCACGGACGUGGGCCAGGAACUGGGCUUCGGAGACUUCCUGAGGGAGGGCGUCUACUGCGUGCUGGCCGGUCCGUCCUUCGAGACCAUCGCAGAGUGCAGGAUGCUGCACAAACUCGGCGCCGACGCCGUCGGCAUGAGCACGGUCCACGAGGUGAUCGUGGCUCGCCACUGCGGCAUGCGCGUCUUCGCCCUGUCGCUGAUCACCAACCGGGCGGUGAUGGACUACGACAGCGAGGAGAAGGCCAACCACGACGAGGUCCUCCAGACGGGCAAGCAGAGGGCGGAGCAGCUGGAGCGGCUCAUCUUCACCAUGGUGACCAGGAUGGAGCACAACAACAGCGACGCCUGAGCCAUCUUUCCUUCUCCCAAAGGUCAAACUUGCAUUCCGCUCCGUUCCGUUCCGAGGACCGACAUUCGGUUCCUCCUCCUCUUAUUUUAUUUGUAAGUUAACAGUCGAUUAACAUGUACACAUGUGAUUGAGUUCAACUUGUUUUUUCUAUUGUUAAUAAAAGUUAUUUAUUACGACA